CAGAUGCUUCAGGAAUCAUUCGUUCCCGAAGUUUAGAUUCGUCCUUAAAAAUUUUUUUGAAAGGAUUUUAUCUUCAAAAUACGUCUCAAGAAUUAAACCUUCCUACGUUUGAAAAAGAAGACGUGCUUUUGGUAACUGGAAAAUUUCGUAUUAUUGACCAUAUAGAAGACGGUAAUAAAGUUCCUGCCCUGAAAAUGAUCUUAAACGACCUUGUUCCCAUUAAAUUGGAUCCAAAUAAUGUUCCAAGUUUUCCAAUAUUGGUUAAUAUGACCGCAGUAGUAGAUGAUCCUCCCGUCAUUAGUGAUGAUAAAGACGUUACGAUGUCUGUCGUAAUGCAUGACCAUGUAGACCAAGAACCAAUAAAAAUUCCAAUCGAAUGCUAUUAUUCAGCUCUUGCUCCGCAUUUAAUGCGUAUAACUGAAAUUAUUAAAAAAAACUCGGUCCUUUAUAUUAAUGGUGAACUUAUAUUAUAUGAUAAUACUAAUUAUGUCCAUGUUAAAUCUUUAUCCUUUCCAGAAGGACAAAAAAAAGAAUCUAAAACUUCUGCAAAACCCCCGUGGGAAUCUGAUAAUUCAAGCGAAUCAAGUAAACCAUCUGCUGCUAAAACAAUAGCAGCAAGAGUGAAAAAUACUAAUGAUCGUCGAAAGGUAACAGAUCUAGCAAAAGAAGCUUUGGCCAAUUCAAAUAAAUCAAGCGCAUCUACCUCAGCACCUGCUAAUACUUGA